UCUGCGGGCGGUGCUCGGUAACUCUCGAUCAGCGACAACACAAGCGCAUAGGGGGACACGCGUAACGCAACAAUGGCGAACUGAGAAGUACCGUGGCGUGCGUUCUCUCGCUGUGUCGUGUGUGUCUACUUCUGUGAGUCCGCGCGCGAGUGCUGUUUGUAGCCGCGUACGCGCGCUCGUGAAUGCUCGGAUUGUUCGUGCCGGUGAGAGAUGCGUUGGCCGAGAGGCGAGAGUCGGAGUCGCACGCAAGCAGACCGCUGAGGCCAUCCAGGCGACCGACACACCGCCACACGCGAUUCAUGGUACUGGUGGACCUCGCCGAAAAAACCUCGGCCGAGCCAUGCACGCUCCCGCGUCUUCGAGCUCGUUAUAAUGCGCUGUCCGCGCGACUGCAGUCCGGGCUGCAUCCUCUAUUUGUUGUAUCGUCAAGCUCUUAUCGAAGCAGCAGAUCAGCAAUACUUAUUCGCCAUCAAAAUCCAGUGGUGCUGGCAUGAUAAAAUAAGGGAAGCGAACGAGGGAGAUGAGCCACAAUAUAACAGGCAUGCCACCCUUCACGAGGAUGCCAUUGGGGGGUAUGGGAAUGGGUGUGAGCAUGGGCCCCAAUGCUCCGCAUCCUGACUCUGCUGCUCAUCCCCAUCCACCACCACCACCACCGGCAGGUGCUAAUCCCAAGAAGAAAAGACGUACAAAUACGAGCGUUGCCCAACCACCCCCACAACAACCUCCGUCUGUACAGGAUUUACUACCCCCGCCUCUAACGGGUUAUGGUGACACGAUCGUAGCGAGUAACCCCUUCGACGACACACCACCACAAGCCACACAGAGCCCAAUGAUGCACGGUGGGCCUCCGCAUAUGCAUCCUCAUCAUCCUCAUCACAUGGGUGGGCCUCCUAUGCGAGGCAUGAGUCCUUUAACUUCGAUAGGUGGCAUAAGUCCCAUGAUGCCGCACAACAUGGGCAACAUGAGCCCUAUGGGCAAUUCCCCUAUGACAAAUCACAUGAAUCAUAUGGGGGCCAUGUCCCCUAUGAACCACACUCCCAUCGGCGGUAUGAGUCCCAUGAAUAAUAUGGGUCCAAACAUGCCGCCCGGUCCGAUGAACACCAUGAACAAUCACAUGAAUAUGAGCCACAUGGGGAAUUCGCAGUUGAGUGGCCCGCCGAUGGGCAGUCCGAUGAAUAAUAUGAACAGUGCGCCCAUGGGCAGUCCGAUGAACAAUAUGGGCCACAAUAUGGGUAGUCCUAUGGGUGGGCCUCUCGGUUCCCCAAUGAAUACCAUGGGAGGAUCCAAUCACAUGCCUAAUGGACCAAUGAAUAUGAACAACAUGAACAGCCAUAUACCGCCCAAUAGCCCGUUAAAUGGGCCAUCGUUAAACAACGUGAAUAGUCCGCUAGGGCACAACGGAUCUCAACCUCAUCCGAAUCACAUGGGAAGCAAUCUUAACAAUUUAGGCAGACCCAUGAACGGACCCAUGACCACAAUGAGUUCAAUGGCGUCGAGCAAUAUGAAUAUGACGGGUCCGAGUCAGAUUAACAAUAUGAACAUGGGUAGUGCGGCUAUUAAUAAUAUGUCGAAUAUGAAUAUGAGUCAUCACAAUCAAAUGAGCCACAUGGGAAUGCCGAUCGGUACGUUGCCGAAUAAUAUGGGCGCUGGGCCGCCUAUGGGACAUCCGAUUAACAUGGGAGGAUCCAUGCCUCCGCAUGGAUUUCAAGGUCCGCCUGGGAUGGGUCCAAAGCCGAUGCCAGUUUCCGCGGGCAAGGUAUAUCCUCCGGAUCAACCGAUGGUAUUCAAUCCACAGAACCCCAAUGCGCCACCAAUUUAUCCUUGCGGGGUUUGUCAUAAAGAAGUGCACGACAAUGACCAGGCAAUUCUGUGCGAAUCAGGUUGUAAUUUUUGGUUUCACAGGAUUUGCACAGGAUUGUCCGAAUACGCCUAUCAAUUAUUAACGCAACAAGUUUAUGCAGAGUGGGUUUGUGAUAAGUGUUUGCAGUCGAAAAACGUACCCCCAGUUAAGUUUAAACCAUAACACUUCUUGUCCCGUCGUUCAUGCGACGUCCCAGUGACUCUUUGUUAGCGUUUACGUAUGUAUGCGCACGUAUGUGCGUGCGAUUGUGCACAUACACGUACACAUACACGGAAACACACGUACACACAUCCAUAGCACACAGUAAAUACUACCACACGUACGAAGUCGUGCGUACAAUAUAAAGAAAAAAAUACACUGUUUGUUAACAACUUAGCUUUAACUUGUUGAAAUAUUAGAAUAUCAUUGUGAGACGUAAAACGGUAAAUGCGAAAGCAGAAAAAACACGACUAAGGGUUAUUUUAAAUUUUGAGUCUGUUCAUGACAAGUGGAUUCAUAAGCAAGAUUUAUCAAUAAUUUAAAGUUGAAUUUCGGCAGAUAUAAAGAAAAAAGUAACACUGGCUAGACUCUGUUUUUAACGAUUAACGUGACAUAAGAUGUUCUGGAAGAAUGUUUAGCCAGGAACAUUUAUGCGAAGCAAAAAUGGACAGGAGAAUGUUAAAUGAUAAUAUAAAAUAUGUAAGGUUCGAAGGACCUAGUAUUCUUACGACUAAUUGCAUUUAAUUCGAAAUUAACGGUACCUACAAGCGUUAAGUUCACUUUAGACGAUCUGUAAUUUACAACAGGAUGCGGGACAGAAUUCUAUUUUUAAUAUCAUAUGUAUAAAAAGAUAGAAUGAGUGUUUAUAGAGUAUUUAUAGAUGUAUAUGACAUAGGAAUAUGUAUGCAUCUAUAAAUUCUUCCAAGGUUCUCUCAUAAAUGGAAUCCUGCCUCGAGUUCUAUCUGAAUCGUUUAAAGUGAGUUUUAGGAGUUAAAUGUGAAGCAGACGUAUAUUAUUGGAGACGAGCCAUGAACAAUCGUGUCGUCUUACUUUGUUUUAUCCUAUAUAAACGUUCCUGAUAAACAUCAUAAUAAAUGUUAUCAUCUCCAUAAUUGGUGAUUCGGAAGUGGUGAGUUCUGAGAAGUUGAUAAUGUCACAAUCUUAUAAACAGAAAAUUUGACCUGAGUACCAUUUGUCAUUGAGUAUUAGAGUUGUCGCUCAAGAAUCUUGCAAAUUUUUUCAAUCCUUGCAUCAAUGUGACAGUUUUACAAAAAGACGUAAGUGCUGUUUGAAGUAAUAUUAUUGAUCACGCUUCGAUUUUGUCAUGCAAUCGUAUUAUUUAUAAACUAACGGGGAGAACAUAAGUGCGUUUGAGUACACAUAUACAACUGGGAAUAUAAAUUAAAACAUCUUUAGUUUAUCGUGAAUAAUGAAUGUAUCGCCUUUCACAUAUAGAUAUAUUUAUUGUGAUCAAAAUUAUAUAUUGAUUGAUCACCGGUAUAAGAACUUGUUACAACACAAGUCCUAUUUUUAUUGUUGAAUGUACAUGUUUUUAUUAAAUUUAAGUCUAAGACUCAAUACAAUCGUGGUUGAAUGGAUCAAUUCCAUUCAAGAGCCGGAUUUACACAAACUCAAAUACAGUAUUGGUACUCACAGGCGAUAUACUAGAAAUGCUGCAAUUCUUGUAUUUUUAUAAAUCAUAUUUUAGUAUAAACCAUGGUAAAGCCAGCUUCUUUGGUUUAUCUUAGUGCUGUGACUUUUUAAUCUGGAAUGAAAGUAAAAUAAUAUAUUUAUUUGGCUCGCAAAACAAGUAAUUACUGAUACUCUUUCAAAUAUACUACAUCAAAUAUAAGAACAUACAAUGAGGUUGCAAAUAAUGUGGCAAUAAAUCUUCUUCUUUUUGUAUGUGUAAAUUAUACGAUUUAAUUUACAUAUAUUUUUGAAAAGAUCUUAUUAGGAAUACCGGCAAUGCCGAUGAAUCUAAGAGAAAGCCCGAAACUCUGCAAAGAUGCGAGGCAGCUGGAUUUAAUAACGAAGCGAUGCUUUUAAUAGCGCGUCAAUAGGAAAUAUACUCGUUAUUGAAACCCAUCUGUCUGCAGCUUCAGAUUUUUUCUUUUUGUCCAUUGUCGAGUAUUCCACACAAUUAUUAAUAUAAUUCUAAAGUAAUCUUUUUAUUUUUUUAUAUUAUAACUAUAAUUUUGCUAAUAAUAUAUUGUUGCCAUGGUUUAAGCUCCUGGUUUGACUGCGGUUAAAUAAGGGUAUAAGCUAUGUAUCUCUAAAGUUGUGUAAAAAGUUUCAGGGUUAAUGAAAGCGAUACGUUUAAUUUAUAAGGUAAUCUUUAAUGAGAUUGCUUGCGCGCGCGCACACAGAGCAGGAAUUUAUUUGACUGAUAUAAACGCGCACGUUUUUUUACUGUGAAAGAUUUUAUAAUAGAAAACUCGAUAGGAAAUAGAAUCAGCAUAAGCCUCGUACAUCUAGGCGAGUCGAGAAAACGCUGAAAACUUCGGAUCUGUACGAUUGGAAUUGUAAUAUUUACAAAAGCGUGCUGCAAAUUACAUAUCUUCUGCGAGUACUCGCUCUUAUAAUUUGCAAUUCAUCCGCCGCCUCGGCCGCGUCUAUACGCGAAAGAUAACUCAAAUUUAAGCUACUUCCGAAUAAGAUGAAGCUACGUCCCUAAAACAAAGCGAAAAAAAAAGAAAGGAAGAAAAUAUCCACGACGAAGAAAUCUGUGCAUAUUUAAUAAUUUCUAACUAGCUAGCGCAAAUCUACAUCAUUCUGCCAGAUUUACAGUAUCGACGAUAUGAUGAAAUAUUGAAAAGAACUGAGUAUUAUUGUCAUAGGAGAGGUUAACUGUUAGGGGAAACGAGAAAAGAAAAGAAAAACUAAAUUCCGUCGGCAGCUAACACAAAAUUAUCGAGUCUACGGAUUGUAUAGUUUUUUAUAUGUAUAUGAAAUAUAGCCAGUUAUCAUUUAACGCGCCUGUAUUAAACGGAGAUCUGACUCUGACUCGGAACAGCGAGAGUAUAUCGAAGUAAUUAGUAAAUGACCGCGCCGUUUUCGCGACUAAGCAGAUUUAUCAAUUACUCUCGGGAUCUUUCGAACUCGAAGUCUCCGUGUAAUUCAUGCUUUAAGCUUGUUUUAUUGUAAUCGUUUUUAACACAUAUUACAUGUGAGUAACAUACACAGGAUCCUAUAACUACAUAAUGCUCAUAUUAGUAUUACAACGAAUAGAAAUACCAUUUUCACAUAUCUUCUUUCUAUAUUUUCUCAUACGGGGAGGAAGGUCACGCGUUGAAAAGGAAAAGAUACGAAAAAAGAACUCUUAACGUUGCUUUUAUUACAAGAGUUAAAAAAAAUAAUGCAGGGGAUUAAGCGAUUUACAAAACUCACACACACGAAUAAAUAACGUUGUCCACGGCUGAGACAAUGGAGGAAAUCGUUUUUCUAGUACAAAUGAGCUGUAAUUUAAGUAACUAAAGAUAACGUCUGUCUCUCACGCAGAAUUAAAUUAUAAGUGAUAUAAUUUUAAAAGACGAUUGCUGCACGUCCGCCGGGACACAGAGCACGCCUCUCGAUAUAUGUUAAUGUCUGUAAAUGUUUUAACAUGUAUUACUAUGCACACACAUUUGCAAUUUGUGUAUGGUGAUAUCUGUUAAGUAAAUGGAGACAUUAACAUAUACAUUGGUACAUAUAUAGUAAUAUCUUGAUUUAUAUUAUUACAUAUAGUAAUAUAUAUAUACAUAUAUAUAUAUGUCUGUUAAUUGUCUUGAGAUAACAAUAUUGCUUUCUACGUUUACCGAUAAUUGAAAGUUAACUAUAAGUUUGACGGUAGAGCUUAACUCCCCCUGUAAAAUCUGUUCGAAACAAAUGCAUUUCGUACGUGUCCAACUAUUUGUCUCAUUGCACUUCCUUCAAACACAGUUACCUUUAUUUUCAGCGGAAGUAUGUACAUACCGAAACACACGUGACGACUUUUUAAACGGAGAUGGAGAUAUUUCGCAUAAUAUACAUAUAUAAAUAUAAAUAUAUAUGUAUAUAUAUAGAUUAUUAUUAUAUAUACAUAUAUAUAUUUACGAUCUUUGAGUUGUCUUUUUAUAAACGGUACAAUAGGCUACAUCGUAAUCUAUUGACUUUAUGUACAUAAGCCUUUCUAUAUCUAAGAUUUUAAUAUGGUGGGAAUCAAAUGACGCGCAAAUAUCCGCCGCAAAAACACAAGCAUGUACACACUCACACACCCACACACAUACAUACACAUAAUUUUAUGUAAAUAAUAUAUAUCACGUUAACGAAUCACCGAUCGUAAUGUGUUGGAUGUAUUACGCACUAAUUCUUGUUCUUACAAAUGAGGCAUAAACGUAGGAGGCGCAAAUUCACCUUCGAUUGGAGUACCGACGUUAUUAUCAAUAACGUCGCGAUGCGUGUGGAUCUUGCGGCUCGUGCCGCUAUAUUAUUAAAACGCGUUAAGUUUCAUAGUUGAGUGAGAAGAUUGUAAAACUCAGGAGGUCCGCACACGCGCGAUUUAGAAAUUUAAGAAAGGGGGCAGCAACCGCACGAUUACUUCGUCAUCAUCAUCGUCGUCGUCGCCGUUGUUGCCGGGAUUCGGCGCACCGCUUUGUAUCGUACGCAGUAUUACUUUGUAUAAAAAGAAAGAAAAAAUGAAAAUAUGUGCGGACUACACACUGUUAUCCCCGCGAGACGCGCAAGGAUUUUCCGAUUCUCGAUCACGUCGUGCGCGAAACACUCGAUGAGAAACAACGCGACCUCGUCCUAUAAAACGGGCAAAAACGGGCUGAUCCUCGUUGUCCCGACAAUGCGGCACAAGAACGAUAAAAACGAAUAAUAAACAGCAAACAAUAACGCGAAGAGAGAGAAAGAUGGAGAAACAAAGAGGGAGAAAGGUAGAAACGGUGUUAGCAGGUGAGAGGAAUACCGCGCGUUUUUCGAUUACAUGUGGACACAAAAUAUCAUGACGAGGCAAAAAAAAGGAAGAAGGAAAAAGAAGCCAGAAAGAAUGAAAAAAAAAAGAAAUCAGCACACACGACAAAUUGUUCAUAGAUUAUUUUUUAUUAUCAUGUGAAUACAGAAUAUAUAUCAGCAAUAAAAAUUGUUAUACGUAUUAUAGACUGGCGUGUACGUAUGUGAUCAUUUUGCAUACGCAGCGACGCGUACCUAACUCCCACACUCUUAUGCGACGCGUGUACAUGUUCACUCGUAUAUCUAUUGUACAUAUUUAUAUGGCACUUUAAAUAACAAAUCGAUACAUUGUUGAUUUUUA